AACGUACUGAAAAGUGUCGUUCAGAGAAGGUUUCCCCGAACAUGACGUCCUUCGAAGAUGACGAGAACUUUGGAAGCUAUAGUGUAGUGGGGUCCUUUCCGAAAGAUUUUGGCUAUGGUCCUGAGGAUCAAGAUGAACUGGCCAGCAGUGAUAAUAAGCCCAGGAUUCUAUUGUUGGGCCUCAGAAGGAGUGGAAAAUCUUCAAUUCAGAAAGUGGUAUUCCACAAGAUGUCCCCAAAUGAAACGCUCUUCUUGGAAAGUACAAAUAAAAUAGUGAAAGAUGAUAUAUCAAAUAGCUCAUUUGUACAGUUCCAGAUUUGGGACUUUCCUGGACAAAUAGACUUUUUUGAUCCAGCAUUUGACUCGGAAGUGUUAUUUGGUCACUGUGGAGCUCUGGUCUUCGUAAUAGAUGCUCAGGAUGAUUACAUGGAAGCCUUAGGAAAACUUCAUAUGACUGUCACAAGAGCAUACAAGGUAUGCUUGGAUGGCUAGUAAUGUAUACAUGCCACUUCUACAGUGUAUAGUUAACAAUGUUCAUGAUAUUAUGACUUUCUUAACAUGUUUGGCAGGGUAAAAGAUUGUGAAAUGUAGGUACAUGGGCAAUCAAAUUAUGUUGUACAUGUAUUCAUUUAAUAUUAAAUUUUUUUUUUCUAAGAGAAUCAAUGAUCAGAAUAGACUGAUGUACUUAAAGCAAUUUUUUAAACUGCCUUUUAAGGAUGGGUUUAGACUGAUGCAAAGUUUCCA